AUGUAUGCAAAGGGGAUCAUCUCAGAAGUUCAACCAUACAUCAAAGACGUACAUCAGGAAUCCUUACGAAGAGAUACAUGUAUGGAUGUUGGAAGAACAAAUAAAGUUGUUGACAUUGAUGGAGCCAAAGUAAAAUUACAGAUCUGGGAUACAGCAGGCCAAGAGAGGUUUCGAAGUGUCACACAUGCAUACUACAGAGAUGCCCAUGCGCUUCUACUACUUUUUGAUGUCACAAAUAGGCAGUCAUUUGAAAAUAUACGGGCAUGGGUGGGCGAAAUUCACGAAUAUGCCAAUGAUGAUGUAGUCGUCAUGUUGCUAGGCAACAAAGCUGAUAUGACAUCAGAAAGAGCAGUAAAGAGGGAAGAAGCUGAGAAAUUAGGAAGGGAUAACAGUAUUCCAUACAUGGAGACAAGUGCAAAGACAGGGCUCAAUGUAGACUUGGCAUUUAUAGCAGUAGCAAAAGACUUGAAAAUGAAGAAGACGAGACGGCCAAAUGACCCAAAGUUCAAUGUCCGAGAAUUUGUGGAACAACAAAAGCAGACGCCAUCGGGCUGUUGUUCAUAGAACUAUCAUCAUUUUGUCUAACCUAUAACCUGAGUGGUUGCCGGUGCUUGCCAGUCAAAGUGACACAAUGGAUACUACUCAAAUUGGCAAUGCAGGCAGUGGGAGGUGUCAAAGGAAGAUAUUUGCAGACUCUGAGAGCUGAUUGGCUGGUCAAUCUUCAAGAAUUGAAAACAGAAUUGAUUAGUGAUAACGGAUGCACGGAUUUGUUUGCGGAUGGAUUAAUUGAUUGAAGACUUGGGAUAAACCUCACUGAAAAGAUGUAUGUCAUGGCGCGAUGGAAUAUCAUCAUUAUUAUCAUCAUCAUUAUCCUCACUACAUGUAAUAAUAGUGUGUAGUUACAGCAUUGGGAAAGCUACAGAAGAAACAUGUAUGAACAUCAGACACUGCCAUUCAUCAGGAGCUCACAUUGAUCAGUCCUCCAAGACGCAACCUGCAAAUUGGCAAUCUGAGAGGAUAGGAAGGAAUUGUGAAGAUGAUUGAUUUGUAUGGUAAACAUAGAAAGGGUUUUGUUUAAGAUUUUACUUUACAAAUUGGCUGUAAAUGUUAGAUUGUACUGGGAUUGUGUCAGAUUUGUUUGGAAGAAGGCAAGGAAGCUUUCAUGAAGACGGCAUAACUUUGAAGAGUAAAGAUGAAUGUUUCCUUUGUAUAGUCACAUAUCAGUACUUCACAAUGUGAACGUGCAACAUGAUGCAUGUAGCUCAUUAGUUUUGUGAGGAGCGAUGUUUGAAAAGAAGUAUCAUUUCAUAUUUUAUGAGGAAAGCAAUUUCUUUGCUCAUUGGUUUUCAAAGUCUUAAUCAAAUUCUUAUUGCACCCCUCAUGUGAGUUUUCCUUUUCAUAGGAAAGUCUGAGAUCUCGUAUAUUUCUGUGCUAGUUAUUCCUGGUAUUAAAUUUUGAAGAAUAAUAAGUGCAUACAGGUAAAUUUUGAUUAUUACUGCCCAAAGUGUACCGUAUUUAGAAAGUGUAUUUAAAUUUCAUUUCUCUCUAUGUACUGUUGUUAUUUAUUCAGUAUUUUUCUUCUUUUUCUUCUACUUGACCACACAGAUGCUUAUUAAAAAAUUACAUGUACAUAUCCCCAGUAACAAUAUGAAAGAAUUUUUUUGAAGCAUGAAUAAAAAAAAUGGAAGACUUUUCACUAAGUUUAACUACUCUAUCAAAAAUAAUUGCUUUCUUUUUCAAUUUGAAUGAACUCUGAUAUAGAAAUGGGAUAUUACAUGUACAUGUAUUUCAUGCACAAAUAAUGGUGUACAAUUCAUCUGUUUGAGAAUACAUGCAUCCCUAACAUUCCCUAUCAGGAAAGGCAUGUUGGUCAAGCACACUUUCCUAACUCAAGUGAGGAUUCAACAUUUAAAGGACAAGUCCAUCCCAACACAAAGUUGAUUUGAAUAAAAAGAGAAAAAUCCAACAAACACAACACUGAAAAUUUCUUCAAAAUCGGAUGUAAAAUAAGAAAGUUAUGACAUUUUAAAGUUUCGCUUAAUUUCACAAAACAGUUAUAUGCACAUCCCGGUCGGUAUGCAAAUGAGGGAACUGAUGACAUCACUCACUCACUAUUUCUUUUGUAUUUUAUUUUAUGAAAUGUCAAAUAUUCUAAUUUUCUCCUCAUUGUCCUUAAGAACAAAUUUUUACUUUUCCCUGAACAUGUGGAACUACCAUUGUUAAACAUUUUAUGGUUCAGUCAAGUUGGUCCUUAUUUUCAAAUCCGUAAAAAUUGAAAUAUUGUGUAAUUCAAACAAUAAAAAACAAAAGAAAUAGUGAUUGAUUCUCUCAUUUGCAUGUGACUAAAUUGUGCAUAUAACUAUGUUUUGAAAAAUAAGCGAAACUUCAAAAUGUCAUAACUUUCUUAUUUUACAUGUGAUUUUGAUGAAAUUUUCAGCAUUAUGCUUGUCUGAUUUUUCUCUAUUGAUUUAAAUCAACAUUUUCUAAAGUGGACUUGACCUUUAAGGAAAUAUUUAACUGAACAAUGAAUCUCAAGCACAGCUGAUAAGAAUUAAUCAACACAAUUAUAAGUGAGACCCCAACAAAACUACAAUGUUUUAAGUGAGGUUUUUAAUCACUUUGAAUGAGAAACGCUGCAAUCAUUGCAUGGUGUUAGCGAGACUGGUCAAGCAGUCUCAAAUUCUUUUUUGCUGAACUAUCAUGAUGAUCACACCUUUGAAUAUAGUGACAACUCUGGCAUUGAUUGGUGCAGUGACAAUGUAGAUCAAAGUAGGUAGACAUGAUCCCUUGAUCAGCUGGAAGAUUGCAAUCAGUACAACUCUACAGCCUGCUGAUUGAGGUUGGCCCCGUGCUUAAAUAAAUGAAACGUAAUGAAAUUACAUUCAGAGGGCACAGGGGGCAUGUGCUACUCUGUUCCGUACAAGUGAUGAUGAUAAUUGGUCCAUUAUUGAUAGUGAACACCUUUUUUGUCUGUCACCCCCCCCCC